CAUCCUAACGUGUUUCAAAAAAAAAUACACGAUGCUUUCAUCAAUGAGUUGUUUUGAUGAGGUUAGACGAAUGAACAUAAGACAAAUUAUUUAUCAAAUACUAAAUUUUGGGACAAUUGUAUCUUCAGCGUUGAUGAUAUGGAAAGGCCUAAUGGUUUUAACUGGAAGUGAAAGCCCUAUAGUUGUUGUUUUAAGUGGGUCUAUGGAGCCAGCAUUUCAUCGAGGUGAUCUACUCUUUUUAACUCACGACAAAGAUAAACCAAUAAGAGUUGGUGACAUAACAGUAUUUAGGAUUGAAGGUAGAGAGAUACCAAUUGUUCAUAGAUGCAUUAAAGUCCAUGAAAAAGCAAAUGGAACUUUGAAAUUUUUGACUAAAGGUGAUAACAAUCAGGUAGAUGAUAGGGGGUUAUAUGCACCUGGUCAACUUUGGUUAAUGCAGAAAGAUGUUAUUGGCCGAGCCAAAGGAUUUGCACCUUAUAUUGGCAUGGUUACAAUAUGGAUGAAUGAUUACCCACAGCUUAAGUACGUUUUGCUAGGCACCUUAGGGCUUUUCGUUUUGAUACACCGCGAAUGAAUCAGAUGUUAGAUGACUGACGUGUUGCGUGAUACGUAAUCGAUGUGUUAUGAUGUACUUAAUUUGAAAAAUUUUUAUUCUUAAUUUAUUAAAGUUGUAAUUUUAUUUUUAUACACAAUAAAUAAUUUUGCGAACAUGUUGGCUCCAGUAAAUAAUUUGAGUUACA